AUGAAGAGAUGGGUGGAACAUUAUUCCGACCUCUACUCCAGGCAGAAUGUUGUGACGACCGCAGCCCUUGAUGCCACUGAAUGCGUGCCGGUCAUGGAGGACCUGGACAUCGAACCAACCAGAGAUAAGCUUGGCAACGCCAUUGGUAGCUUGGCCUCAGGGAAAGCCUCUGUCAGUGACGGGAGCCCUUCUGACCUGAUCGGGCACUACAAGACUGCCCUACUGCUCCCAUUACACAAGGUCCUCUACCAGUGCUGGAACGAAGGUGCCGUACCUCAGGACAUGAUCGAUGCCAAGAUCGUCGCCCUCUACAAGAACAAAAGUGGGCGAAAUGACUGCAACAACUCGCUACUCAGCGUUGUGUGCAAAGUCUUCGCUCGGGUCAUCUUGAUCCACCUGCAGAAACUUGCCGAACGUGUCUACCCAGAGUCACAAUGUGGUUUCCAAGCUGAAAUAUCAACGGUAUACAUGGUCUUCUCCUUCCGCCAGCUCCAGGAGUACAGAAGAUGA